UGCCAGUUGCCAGCAGCCAACAAAGUGAAGCAGUUCUGGCCCAGACCCAGAGCCUCGUCUGCGAAAGCCGGCAAGUGGCAAGUGACGCGAAUCCUCUGUUUGUGCUCCUCCGAAUCCCGGCUAAUGUGAUAAUCAAAAGGGAACCAGGAUUCACAGAAAAAAGUCCCGCAUCUGGGACUUGCUCAUCGAAAGAUUGUUGUCUACUGUGUCGGGGCAGGAAGAAGCCAAAGAACUGGUCGGGCGUGUGCGAGUACGUUGCAGCAGAUGAGGCAUAUGAAGCAAUUAGGGGCAACACUAAAAACGCCUAUAAAUGUCGAGUGACAAACAAUUUCGCGGAAAGGCCGAGGCCCAGGCCCAAGCAGGCGACUGACUGCCACCGACACUUUCCAGGCAACAUGUUGCUGAGAGGCAUCCGCGGCAAUUGACAACAGCAACAUUUGCGGCAUUGCCCCGCUCGGCAGCAGCAACAGCAGCAACAACAACUUCGUGUCGCAAGCAAACUUCGUGCGGCAUUCGACUCCGACGGUUGUGUGACGCGUUCGCUGUGCGGCACAGACAAAGACAGAGAAAGAACGAAAUGACGCGAGUAUCAGGACCGGGAAAAGUUUCGAGUGCUCAAGUGUGAAAAACAAAUGGAAAAUACAUACGUAAACAGCAAAUCAAAUUAGCGAAGAAAAUCAAAAGAAAUACGUAACCAAGUGCGUGUAAAGUAAAGGGGAAUUUUAUUUAGUACAGCUCCCAGAGAGCAAAGAAUCAAAAACCGAAACGAAACGAAACAACAAAUAUCACUCCUAAUUAAUGUCUAAUUUGAAGAGUAGUCGGGCGGCAUUCAAGAGGACAACAGCAACAACAACAGCUCGCAAAGUGGCCAAAACAACGGUGACAAUGUGGCAGACGCUAUCAACUCUAUCCACAUCACUCACGGCGGCUAUCCUUGGCCCGGGGUGGCCCCCGUCGCCGUCCCAGUCCCCGAGCCCGCCCGGUUGCAGGUGCGGGGUGCAUCGCCUGAAGGGAAAACUGCGAGGAGCCAAAGCCAGCACUUACCACGCGGAAAUGCAGAGUCACAGAGUCACAAGCAACAUGUUGCCAUCAACAGACAUCGCGACAGCAGCGACCGUCGCGCGUAGGUGUCGUUGUGGCAGCCACAUCACCGUCACCAUCAACAACAACAACAACACCAACAACAAUAGCCACACUAUCAAAAAAAACAGCAACAUUAGCGGUGGCAGCCUCCUGCACUGGCUGCUGCUGCUCUGCGUCUUCUGUGAUGCCGGGCAGGCGACACUGCGCGAUGUCAAUCUGCUGGUGCAACCGCCUGCGGUGCGGCGCGGCCAGUCGGUGGCUCUGCGGUGCGACUACCAGCUGGACGGAGCGCCACUCUACUCCAUCAAGUUCUACCGCGGCCAGAUGGAGUUCUACCGCUACACGCCCGGGGAGUAUCCGCACACGAAGGUCUUUCAGUACCCCGGCAUCAGGGUGGACGAGGGCAGCUCAAACGCCACCCUGGUGCUCAUACGCAACGUCAGCUUCGGCCUGUCCGGUCAAUUCAGCUGCGAGGUGACUGCCGAUGCGCCGCUCUACUCCACGGCCACGGCCUAUGCCCAGAUGCAAGUUGUGGAGUUCCCGGAGAAGCGACCGCAGCUGUUCACGGAGCACACCCGCUACGAGCCCGGCGAUGUGCUGCGCGCCAAUUGCAGUACGCCACCUUCGCGGCCGCGGUCCGAGCUCCGCUUCACCAUCAACAACGUGCCGAUACCCACGGAGGAAACGCAGUACAUACGAACGAUUGACAACUUAAUAGCAUCCCGGCUCAGUCUGAAGCUGCAGCUGCAGGCGGUGCACUUUGUGGCCGGUAUUAAUGGCCAUGGCAAUGGCAAUGUGAAUGGCAAUGGCAAUGGCAACGGCAACGGCAAUGGGAACUCCAAUGGCAUAGCGAACGCACUGGUCACCGGCAGCGGGAGUGGGUCUGGCGGAGGCCUCGUACUGCGUUGUACGGCACAAAUUGGCGAUCUCUAUCAGGAGUACAAGGAAAUCGAGUUGGGCACACCACAAAAGGAUCCGGUGCCGGCAAGAGUGACGCUGUCAUCGGGCACGGGACUGCGCAGCUUCUUGGAGGCCUAUUUCACAACAUCUACGGCGGCUGUCGCCUGGCAAGGGGGCAUAACUAUCUGGCUCUUAUCCACGCUGGCUCUCGUGAUUAACUGCAGCCGAAGCAGCUAAAUGCAGGUGACAUGCAGCCCAUGCAGAACAUUCGAAUUGGCUAUGGGUCUGUUCGGGACACGGAUGUUGCCCGGAUAUGGAAAGUGUAUAGCCUAAGUGAUGGGUGUUAUCGAUAGCGCGUACGAUUAGAGCUCUCGGCCGUGAACCGCAUUAAUUAUCUCUCGUGAAUGCCAUUUGAUUUACACACACACACACACACGUACACACACACUCACACACAUCCAGCAGUAUGCACGAGUAUAUGUUCAUGCGAUUCCUGUUGAGUACACACGCGCAUUAAACAAUAAAACUGUAAAUAUUUGCUUUAAUGAUGUAAACGGAUACACGUAAAUGAACUCGCACAGACA